AUGGUCAACAUGAAGGCCUCGGGCCACCAGGGCCAGCGCAAGCGGCGUCAGGCAGGCGCGGAGGACGCGGUGACGAAGCUCGAAAAGCUCAAGCUCCGGCCCGACAGCCUCGCCUGCGUCAAUCCCGACGGCGUGCCUCUGCGGGUGGUGGCGCGUGAGAAGGUUCUCGGCGGCGAGAGCAACGCGCACCUCAAGGCGGCACUCGUCGCACCGGCGACGCUCGCAGCCCUCGGCGCGGCGCCAGGCUCUCGCGCGAUGCUCUGCCGGCCGGGCGGCGACUUCAUACUCAGCGCUCGCGCCGUGGCGGACGUGCCGGUGUCGGAGGGUGAGGUGCUGCUGGGCGAGGCGCAGCGGCUGUCGCUGCACGUCUGCGAGGACGAGUUCUAUGAGUGGGUGCCUUACCGGCCACCGGCCGACGAGCCGCCGCUCGCCGCGCUGAGCGUCGAGGCGCAGCUGCUGCACGCACGGCCAGAGGGCGAGCGGCUUGUGCAGGAUGCGGCGGUGCUGGGCCGGCAGGUGGGCAAGUGGCUCUUUGGCGAGAUGGUGAGCGACAACGAAGUCUUCAUCGUCUCUGUGUCUGGCGCCCAGCUCGUGCUGCGAGCGACCGGCUGCCUGCCGCAGCAGGCUGAGGACGAGGACGAGGACGACGAGAUGGGCGGCGGCGAGGACGAGGGCGAGGGCGAGGGCGAGGGCGACUCGCGCGUUGUCCACUCCAGCCACUGCUUCCGCGGCCUGGUGGGCAGCCGGACGCGCGUGUACGUCGGCCGCUCGACCGUCUUUGCAUCGAGCGCCUCGCAGCGGGCGGUGUGCGAGGGGCUCGCGCUAGUCAACGUGGAGGCAGCGCCGGCGGAGCCGCCCCGGAACGCGGUCCUGGUGGAGACGAGCGACGGGGAGGUCUUCCCUGUGCACCGCCGGCUGCUCAAGCCCUGCAUCACCCUCACGAGGGCGGUGCGCGACGAGAGCGGCUCGGGCGAGGCGGUCGUCGACGUCGACUGCUCGACGUUUGACCGCGUGCUCCUCUUCCUCGAGGCGGCGAACCGCGGCCGGCCGUACGAGUUCGACAUGCAGACGCUACCGCAGCUCGCGGCGGCGGCGGCGGCGCUGGGCUGCAGAGCACUGCGCGAGGCGUGCGCGCGCAAGCUCGGCGCCUUCGAGGAGCAUGUCGUCCGGCACAACGACGAGCGAGGCGGCUGCUGGGUGACGAUGGACGGGAUGGUCUUCGACCUCGAGGCGUGGCUGCCGGAGCACCCGGGUGGCGCCACCAUCAUCCCGCAGCAGGCGCUCAACGCCGACUCGACCGUCUUCUUCGAGCUGUACCACGCCUCGAGAGAGAGCUUCACCUACCUCAAGGAGUUCUACAUCGGCGAGCUGGCGCCCGAGGACCUCGCCGCCGUGCCGCGCGCGUCGGAGGACACGGCGAGCAGCGACUUCAUGCAGCAGCUCCGCGAGUUUGCCACGCCCUUCCGGCUGCGCCACCCACGCCCGGAGGAUGCAGUGCACAAGUCGUUUUGA